AUGACCCACCAAACACAUGCUUACCACAUAGUAAAUCCAAGUCCAUGACCAUUAACAGGAGCCCUAUCAGCUCUCCUACUCACCUCAGGCCUAAUUAUAUGAUUUCACUUUAAUUCCUCCCUACUAGCCCUAAUUGGCCUUACAUGCAUACUUUUAACAAUAUACCAAUGAUGACGCGAUAUUAUUCGAGAAGGGACAUUCCAAGGCCAUCAUACUCCCGCAGUGCAAAAAGGCUUACGAUAUGGAAUAGUCCUUUUUAUUAUUUCCGAAGUAUUCUUCUUCUUAGGGUUUUUCUGAGCCUUUUAUCAUUCAAGCCUAGCCCCAACCCACGAAUUAGGAGGUUGCUGACCACCCACUGGAAUUCAUCCUUUAAACCCAUUAGAAGUGCCUCUACUCAAUACAUCAAUCCUUCUAGCCUCAGGAGUGUCAAUUACAUGAGCCCAUCACAGUCUAAUAGAAGGAAAUCGUAAACAAAUAAUCCAAGCACUGUCAAUCACAAUUGCAUUAGGCUUAUAUUUCACAAUCCUUCAAGCCAUAGAAUAUUAUGAAUCAUCAUUCACAAUCUCAGACGGCAUCUAUGGGUCAACAUUUUUCGUAGCAACAGGCUUUCACGGCCUACAUGUAAUUAUCGGAUCAACAUUCCUAAUUGUAUGCCUCCUACGUCAAUUUAAUUACCACUUCACAUCAACACACCACUUUGGAUUUGAAGCCGCCGCCUGAUACUGACAUUUUGUAGAUGUUGUAUGACUCUUCCUAUAUGUGUCAAUUUAUUGAUGAGGCUCAU